GACAAUUUGAUGUAAAAAGAGAAGUCUUUAUAAAAAUCUUCUAUUUUGAUCGCUCUUUCUGUGUCACUACGUAUAUUUGUCGUCAACUCCGAAAGCGUUAAAGCAUGGGGCGUCCUCUGCUGUUUGCUGUUUUACUGGCAAUACUGGUGGUGGUUUCCGACGCCCAGUUGACCUUCAGCACUGGCUGGGGUAACGGGAAGAGGUCAGUGAAUACAGACUUCGGUAAUGACCCUUGCACAUCCGAGGAGAGCCUGUACGUUAUAUACAAACUGAUUCAGUCUGAAGGAGAAAGGCUAAUAUCGUGUAGAGAUGGUGGCAAAAACUAGGAAAAAUGCAAGCAUAGUAAAUAAAGAAUCUGCCAGUUCCAUGCCUAUGAUGAAUAAAGAAAGAUGGAAAAUAAUGAAGAGAAACUAUAUAUAGAUAUAAAUGUUAAUAGUCGUGUCGAUUCUGACACAAGGGCGGAUUCAGCUUUGACGCCAGGGGGGGGG